AAUAAAGUCAACUGUCAUUUUAGGUUAUGAAGCAUUGCAAUUUGCAAUAUAAAAAUUCCGUAUUUUCUUAUUAUUUUAAUUUAUUUCUAACGACUUUAAGAUAUGAAAUAGGAAUUGAGAAGCAAAACUAGAAGACUAAUCUAUUUUAUAUUAAUCACUCUGAAUUUUAGAUCGUAAUGUUUAUCCCAGUUGAAUUCAUUCAUCCAUUAUUAAACAUAAAAUGUAUUCUUUUCGUAAGGAAGAUAAUGCGCAGCACUGUAAUGGAAAACUGACAUUCGAAGCAGAAUUGUAUAGUAAUGCUUAAAUAAAUAUUAAUUGGAUUUAAAACUUUUAGACGAGAAUUGCAUGCAACAUCGAUGCAUCGAUACCUAUCGAAAAGAGCUUAAAUAAAAGGCUUUCGAGCUGUAUUAACAUAUCUUUUUCUAAUUUAUCUGGGAAUUACAAUGUAGACUACAAUUUAGCAAUUCUUGGAGAUGUAAAAUCUUGUUGAAUUUGAAUGAUAAGAGCACAAAACAAAUAAGAAUAAUAUAGAAAAGAAGCAAUGUUAAAUUUAUUGUUCCGUAAUGUUUUAACAAAUAAGUUUCUGUGUUGUACUUAAACUAUAUAAGACCUUUUUUUGAGAAUUAACUGCUCUAAUCCACUACUAUAGCUUAUCUAUAGGGUAGACUUACUUCUGCUACUAGUUCGCAGGUGAACCUUGUCCGAGACAGCUCAAGUGAAAGUUCUAUCCUGCUGCUUACGCAUCCAUAAAGCCGAGUCCCUCGAUGAAGGCCUCAAUCCUUUUCAAUGGAUGUCUGUUUGUGUAUCCAGGGGCCAUAACAGGGAUGUAUAAGUAUUGUCAGUAUAGAGACAAAUCACUAUGUAAAAUGUAUGUAGAAACAAUAGUAGAUUCGCUCUGUCAUGUACUCUAUUUAUUGGAGUGAUAUCACUGUACUUUUGUAUAAACUGUACUUCUAUCAUAUUGAGGUGUUUUAGCACUUACAAGGGAGCUUUAUGCUCAUUACUUUGUACCUAAUGCUCAGUUAUUUCUUAGUCUGUAAUGCUUAUUAUGCUAAAUGAUUAUUAUUAGUUGAAAUAAAUACUUUAAACUAUUAACACCAAUAUUAGGUAUUGUAAGGAAGAGUCCUCUUAUCACAAAAAGAGGACCAAUAGGUUCAGUGUAAAGAGGAUAUUUAAAAGAAUGAAAACCUUCAAACUAUACUUUCUCAUUAAAAACAGUAUUAAAUAAUUACAUUCGACAAUGUACGAGUCUAUCUAAUCCCAUUUUUUCCAGUAAAGUUUUUAGGUCCCAUAAAAGCUCCAAAUAGCCUUAACAAUUCAUUCCGAAUGCGAAACCCAUUCCGAUUCGUUCACGCCAAGGCCAUCUCCACCAACCUUUUUUUUGCACCAGGGCCACGACAGAUCUCAUCCCCCGUUCGCCGCCACGUUCCAACCAAAUACGCAGUUCGGAGCGAGGGAACGGCAACACCGUCUGCUAAUGUACCCUCUAGCGGCUGACCUUCAUCGACCUGUACGUUAUCCCCUUCGUGCUCCAGCUCCAACCUUGACCUACUCCACUCACCCCUCGGUUUACAAUAAACGGUCGCUCCGACGGUUCUAAGGCCAGGAGGCCGGGCCCGGGCAUGAAUGGGAGGCAUGGAGAAUUCAUUACCUUCUAUUCCAGUUUCUACCUAUAAAAUUUGCAUUUUGGUAGAAGAUUUAUUAUUUCGUUGGUGACAUACAAAUUGGGCACGUUCGUAAAAUUUGUUACAGGUGCAAGCUGGAUUUUUAUACGAUGAAGAAUCCUAUUCCAUUCCUGUUUUAAGGUCGAAGUGAUUCAACCAGCCGAGCCUACGGGUAAGUUACUUAUUAAUAUACACUUUACAGUGUAGAUUUAAACGACCUUUUGCGUGUAAUAUCUGGUGUCGCUGGAAACACUCCAUUUCCCGGUUUUGCCGCGAAAUAUCGCGCUACCCCGUAGAACGCCCUCUCCGAAGGUCCCGUUCAUGCUCCGCCCUCCCAAUGACGCACUUCGUCCUGACGCAACAAUGUGACCUUGCCCGGCGAGUCGAUAUGUUUCUCUUCUCUGACAUUGACCAUCUAUCCCGGCCUGAUUUUAACUCGACGGUACAAUGGUUGGCGCUCGCUCGGUUUAUUGUUCGCAAAACACACGAUUCCAGUUGGAAAAAUACAGAAGUGGCUGUGGAGGAAUUGCAUUACAAACAAGAUAAUGAGGAGGGAAUUAUUGGAACAAUAGGAAAAGCAAAAUGGUCGAUGCUCUAACUUUUAGGGCUUUGUCAGAACAAAUUUGGGUAUGACUGGGAAUUGUUUUAAUAUUCUCUGCA